AUGAGAGAUUUUUAACUAUUUCUUAUAUUUGACAAUGAAAUAUGCAUAGAUAACAACAUUGUUCCAUUUGAUGGAUGCUUUAUGAAUCAUUAUGAUUGCAUUAAUGGUUGUGAAAUUUGUAUCAAAGGAAUUUGCUAUGGUUGUUUAAAUGGAUGGGAGUUUUUAGAGGCAAGUUGUUCUUGCAUUCCUUUAUGCGGAGAUGUUAUUAUCACUUAUAAUGAGGAAUGCGAUGAUGGUAAUUAUUUAUCAAAUGAUGGGUGUCAUUAAUGCAAAUAUUCUUGUCCUAACAAUUGCAAAAAAUGCGAAUUUGGAAAAUGUAUAGUUUGUAAUGAUGAAUACAAAUUAGACUUUUAUAAAAAGCAAUGUAUUCCUUAAUGCCAAGACGGCCUUACCUUAUCACAAGAUGGUACGGAUGAAAUUCAAUUUGAUGGUUAUUAAGAAUUUUAGUAGAGCUGUUAAAUAGAAUGUUUAUUAUGUGUUUAUAAUAUGUGCCAUCAAUGUUAAGAAGGGUGGUAGCUUGAGGAUUACGAAUGUAAAUAGAUUUGCGGAGAUGGACUGUUGGCAAUAUUAUCUAAUGAACAAUGUGAUGAUCCUAAAGAUUCAAAUUGUGUUAAUUGUAAAUAUCAAUGUGAUCUAUAUUGUCUUGUAUGCGAUAGAUUCUAAACUUGCUAGUUUUGUAUACUUCCUUUUGAAAUUAAGGAUAACCAAUGCUUACCAAUUUGUGGGGAUAAUAUUAUUACUCCGCUUUUUGAAUAAUGUGAUGAUGGUAAUGAUAUCCCAUAUGAUGGAUGUUUUGAAUGUCAAUAUUAAUGCUCUUUCGGAUGCAUUUUAUGCGAGAAGGAUAACCAUUGCGUGCUAUGUGACGAUUAAUAUUACAUUUUAGAUUCUCAAACAUUUAAAUGUUAAUUGUAAUAAAACAUUGGUUCAGAAACACAACCAUUAAAUGACAAUAUGUUAUAGUGUAAUGAAAAUUAAGCAUUUAUCAAUAAUAAAUGCGUUAAUUUAUGUGGCAAUGGAAUGCUUAAUAGCAUUUUUGAGUAGUGUGACGAUGGAAAUGAUGAUGGAGGAGAUGGAUGUUCAGCAUUAUGUUAUGAGGAAGAUUCCUUUAAAUGCAUUAAUCAAGAAAACUAAUUCAGUAUUUGCACUUUUAUUUAAACACCAAAUUUCAAUUUGAACUUACUCUCUGAUAAAAUGAAUCAAACAAAAAUACUAGAAUUGAGCUUCUCUUAGGAAGUAUAUAUAUCCUGUGAGAAUCCUUUUGAACAGGCUCUAGAAAUUAAAAUCAAUCCAUAAUCUGAAUAUGAAUUAACAAUAGUGCCAUUAGUAAGUAUUGGUUCUUAUUUAAGUAAUCCUAAUUAUUAAAUUUACAUUUAAUUUGUCAAGCCUGUUUCGGAGCCAAUUUUAUAAAUAAACAUACAGAAACUAUGUAUUUUUAAUUAGUUUGAUUUCGACUUAAGUAGUUUUUCGAAACAAAUACCUCUUGGAACCCCCUUUGUAUUAUCAGCAGAUAUGUAGAAACGAGUUAAUAAGGUUAUCAAAAUGAAUGACAUUAUGAUAUAUUCAACAGUUAGUAUUUCUGGUUUUCUCUUAUUAACGGGUAAUUAAAUAGUGUUUUUCAAUUUGUUAGACCUAUUAUAAUAACUAUCCUACAUUAAGUACAUGUAAUAUAGAUUUCCUCCCCACCUAAGGUAAUUUCUUGAAACUUAUACAAAAAUCUCUUUAUAGCCUAUUUUAGAGAGUUUACAUGUUGAUGAAAUUAUUGCUAAGCUUAAUGGAGGUACUCUCCCCUAUUUAGGGAAGAAAUCGCAAUAAUCCAAAUAAUAGGAAGCUUUGAAUUUGUUUUUUUUAAUCAAUGCCAAAGGGUGUAUCUUUUCUUACUUGGCAUCAUUACUCGCUUAUUUCAUUUGCUGCCUCAUAUGUUCAAAAAACAUAUCUUUUUGGUUGGGAAGAAAUUUGGAAAAGUAUAAAGAUAAUAGGACCAUUCUAAGAAUAUUCUUGAACUUUUAAAAGAAAAUUCAAUUUUAAUGUUCCAAAGUGAAAAGAAAUUAUUUCUCCUUAGGAGUUUAUUAACUAUUUUAUUCAACACUUCAUUAAUUACUAUUCAGUACUUUAUUAUAAUUUCCUUCAUACACUUUUACUUCUAUUUUUGAAACUAUUAAUAGUUUUGUUGCAUUAAUAAGCUGCUUACUUCUCUUCUAAAUAUUAAUUAGAUUACUUUCAAUAACAACUUCAUAAAUUCAGGAUAAGCGAAAAUGGAAAUAUUUCUUUUAAGAUUCGGAGGUAGGAUUUUGGGCAAUUAAUUUCAAACCUUUUCAAAUAUUUAGAACAGUUUCUUAUAUUGCAAUCAUAGUAGAAUUCAUAAGAUAUCCCGAAGCAUAGUCUAUUUUGCUUUCUAUGCAGUCUUUUUUCUAUUUACUAUAUUUGAUCUUCUUUAGACCGAUAAAAUCAAAUUUAGAUUUAAUUAAAUUGUUGUGUAGAGAAGGGUUAUUAUUGAUAAUCACAGGUUCAUUUUUAAUUUACAGUUUAGAAUUAAAUGAGGAUUAAUUGUUGUUAUAUGGAUGGUUACACAUUGCAUUAUUUAGUUUCAUAAUUGGUUUUACUUUAAUUAUUGACAUCCUGGAUUAAGGGUAAAAGGCAUACUAUUCAUAUAAAAAAAGGAUAUAAAAAUAGAAAAAAUAACAAACCCAAUUUUAGUUUGACAAUCCAUUAUAAUUAUUUGUUAGGAACGAUGAGUUAGAACCUAAAAUAAAUAAAUGA